GGAUCGGUUGGUUGUCCCCAUUGACCAAAAAGCAGGGAACAAUCGCUAUUGCUUGCCUUCAAGUGAGCCUCGUCAGAUACACACGACGAUCAAAAAUGUUCUCCCGCACUGCCCUCGCCAGGGCCUUCGCCAUCCCGACAAUGGAGCAACCAUGCGCCGCCGCCGCACGCUUCUCCGUCGCCCGGGCCUGUCUUCACAGCAGCGCCGCAUCACCAGCACCAGCACCAGCACCAACAACACAAACACAAACACAAACAACACACCCCGAAUCCCCCCUCUCCGCGACCCCACGAGCCCAAACCUCCACGCCCGCGCCCACCCCUUCCUCCUCCACAAUCGACUUCAAAAAACCCGUGGCCCCAACCUUCACCGCGCCGCUGCAACUCACGCCGACGCUCCUCGCCCAGCUCCCGCAACUCACCACCCAGCAGCCGCACUACAUCAUCUCGCACCUGCACGACCGGCCCUACCUGCUGACGCAGGGCGACUCGAUCCGCCUGCCCUUCCUGAUGCCCAAGGUGAAGCCGGGCGACAUCCUGCGCUUCAACCGGGCGUCCGUGCUGGGGUCGCGCGAUUUCUCGCUGAAGGGCGCCCCCUACGUCGAUGAGCGGCUGUACGAGUGCCGCGUGCGCGUCGUGGGCGUCGACUCCGAGCCCCUCCGCGUCAAGGAGAAGACGAAGCGCCGCCGGCGGCACGUGCAGAUGAUCCGGAGCAAGCACAAGUACACCCUGCUGCGGGUUAUGGAUGUCAAGAUUAAGACCGCGGAGGAGCUGUUGCGCGAGGGGGCGGUCGUUGCUUAGGAGGAGUUCCUACAUCGUGAUGAGGGACUCGAAAAUUGUUACUUGCGGGUUCGGGAUUUUUUGGGUUGGAUGCAGUGACUGUUCACAUGGGGCUGUUGUUGGAUGGGAAAGGGAGACUGCCAGAGUGAGAAAGGCGAAGACUGGGCAAGAGGUGGAUGGUUAAGAUGGUUGGAACCUGCAAUUGCGAAGGAUUAUGUACAGAUAGAAAGUGGGUGUCUGUUUCCAUGCACCAAAUGGUGCACUUGUAUUGUAUCUCAUAAUUGGGUUUUUCGAAUGUUCAACGUGC